CACAUUAACUCCCUCGUCCUCACAUCCACACCACGACAAUCACGUCGACGGUCGACAACAUCAUCCCCACCCACCAUGUCAGAGCCAACCCCCCCAUCAACCACAUCUCAUCCUCCAUCCAACCCCCCCUCCGAACCCCAACCCCAACCCUCAACCCUCCACAUCGGCAUCCUCCUCUUCCCCGGCUUCCAAGCCCUCGACGUCUUCGGCCCCCUGGACUGCCUAAACGUGAUCUCCUGGAAAAACCCCACCAUCACGCCCUCCCUCACCCUCUCCCUCAUCUCCCGCACCCUCUCCCCCGUCUCAACCCAACCCCCACACCUCCCCUCCGCACUCUCCCAAUCCAUCCUCCCAACCCACACCCUCACCACCGCGCCCCCCAUCAACGUCCUCAUCAUCCCCGGCGGAUGGGGCACCCGCGCCCCCCUCCCCGAAUACAUCACCUACAUUCAACGCGUCUAUCCAUCGCUCAAGUACCUGUUGACGGUAUGUACUGGGGCAAGACUGGCCGCUAGGGCGGGCGUGUUGGAUGGGAAACGCGCCACGACGAAUAAGAUUGAUUGGGAGGAGGUGGUUGCGUUGGCGCCGGGCGUGGAGUGGGUGAGGGAGGCGAGGUGGGUGAGUGAUUACGGUGGGAAGGUGUGGAGUUCGGCGGGGGUGAGUGCCGGGGUGGAUAUGUGUUUGGAGUGGGUGGAGGGGGUUUGGGGGGCGGAGGUCGCGGAUCAGGUGGAGAGGAUUAUUGAGUUUAGGAGGUGGAGGGAUGGGGGGGUGGAUCCGUUUGCGUAG